AUGUCAGAACCCGAAACAACCUCCAAGAAUCUUGUCGAGAUCUCCCGCCUCGGUCUGGACUCCUUUGCUCCAGCAGAAGCAAUCAUCAGUGAUGUGAAGCACCUGGCUUCUUAUAACUGGGUCGAGGCAUCCACACCCACCAUCGCUGUCCCAGGCAGUCCAGCUCGAUGGUCUGCUCCACGAGGACCUCGAAAAGUGAAUGAAGAUAGCGGCCUUGUUUACAUUGCUCAGAAUGCUGCUCGCCAUCCUGACAGCCCUCUAGAGCCAUUAUUCCGCUCUCUUUAUAUCGAACAGCCCUCGUUCGACAUAAGCUCAAUCGACGUCGUGACCGAUCGAAACAACAUUCGAAAGCUGCUGUCAUUUAUCAAUCCAGAUUUGGCCACACACGGGCUCGAUCCAUUCACCAUCCAGGUGGAUAUGGCAGCUCAGACUGCGAUAUUCUGUCGUGAUGAGACCGCUACCUAUGAAGUGAUUGGGCCUGGCCAAUUCCGGGGCUUUGGUCAUGAAUUCGAGAAAGCAUACACCAUCCCCCAGGUUAGAGAUAGCACUGGACACCAUCGCAUAAUUUCCUACAGACUCGGUGGUGUGAGUUUUCUUGUGCGCCAUGAGACAGAUGGAUGUGUUGGUGAUUCAAAGCCUGUUGUAAAGGAUGAGACAGUCACUACGGAAGAGACCUCCGUUGAAUCUAAAUUGACCAUCAAAAGGGAAGGUUGGGUGGUACCACGGGAAUCAACCCUAGAGAUCAAAACUCGGGUUUCUCACAAACCCCUGAAACUAUCGGAAAUUGCACCUCAGGUCUGGGUUUCCCAGACACCCAAGCUCGUCCGCGCCCAUCAUCAACGAGGAGUGUUCUCGAGGCCGGAAGUUGAAGACAUCACUGCCGCGGUGAAGGAUUGGGAACAAGCCCACCAAGAAGAUAUUACGAAACUCGUUGCACUCAUAAAUCGCAUCCUUCGAGUGACAAGGAGCUGGGGUGGAAGCUCAACUAUUCAGUACAAUGUUCUGAAGGAUACACUGGUGAUCAAGAAGGUCGAAAGAAAGAAGAUGCUCCCAGAGGACAUUUAUUCCCGAUGGGCCAAACCCAUUCCCGUUGAUGCCACGGAGAAGAUCUCUGAGCACCGCCCGACUCUUGCUUCAAGAAAGUCUGAUGCUGGGAAGAAUACUUCUAGUACAGCAGUUGACCAAGAUGAAGCUGCCCCAGAGGGUAUCAAGGCAAAUCCAGCUAACCUUCAACACGAAGAGAAUGUUGCCACAACCGCAGUUGGAAGCAAAUCAGAGUCAUAG